CCUAGAUAGCAUGUUUAUUUAUUUUUUAAAAUGCUGUAGAUGUGUAUAUAUGGUUUAUUUUUAUUCCAUAUAUCUGAGAUGUCUACCACCAGAUUUUGCAUUUAAGACACAAUUUAUUGAUGUGAAUGGGUUUUAUGAAAAAACAGCAUCGCAGAAUAUAUGACACAAUAAACGUUUACUUUACUUUAUAUUUGUAUUAAUUAUUGUAUUAGAAAUAACUGCAUUCAUAUUGUAUGUGUGUAUCUAUUUGUUUACCGUUGGUGUGCGGUGCACAUUUAGCGUGCAUCUUUUUUUAUUUACCACUUAUUUACCAGUGUAAUCGGCAGGAAUAAAUAGCAGCCGGUGGAUUAAUUAAGGUGAAACGCACUGAUUGGACACUUAGUUUUCAUUAACGAGCCGGUUGGCAAACCGCAAUCAACGGCAGGAGGUGGUGAUCCGCGCCGGGUACGUGAUCCGCGAGGAACGCGAUGGCGACCGGCUGAACUUUCACAUCCACAUCCAGAACCAGAACCAGAACCGAGGAGCGCGACCUCUGCGAAGCCCGACGCGUCCACACGUUCCGCCGAGAGCUGCUGUUUUACCGUUUUAAACUAAGUCACCGCUAACUCCUCCACCUCCACCACCUCCACCAUGUCGGAAAAGACGCCCCUUCUGCACUACCGGCUCACCAGCAGCGACAGUCCGCCCGCCAACGUCGAGUCCACGCACAGCGGCUCCAAGGACAAGAGCGUCCAGAAGCUCGGGGUGGUGUUCGGCGUGGUCGUCCCCACGCUGCUGUCCAUGUUCAGCGUCGUUGUGUUUCUGCGGAUUGGAUUUGUCGUGGGUCAAGCCGGGCUCUACCAGUCCAUCGCCAUGUUCCUGGUGGCCUACUUCAUCAUCACGCUGACCGUGCUGUCCAUCUGUGCCAUCUCCACCAACGGGGCUUUAGACGCCGGAGGGGCCUACUACAUGAUCAGCCGGGCAUUGGGUCCAGAAUUUGGCGGCAGCAUCGGGAUCAUGUUCUUCUUUGCCAACGUGUGCGGAAGUGCUCUCUACGUCUUGGGUUUGGUCGAGGCCAUCAUGUCCACCUUCGGCGUCCCAGAGGAGGCUGUAGCCGGUCCCCAUCAGGUGCUGCCCUCAGGCUACUGGUGGUCUCUCCUGUACGCCACUACCUUGCUACUCCUGUGUUUCGUUGUCUGCUUGGUAGGUACCCACAUCUAUGCGAAAGCCAUCUUUAUUAUCGUCAUCAUAGUCGCAGCAGUUUUGGCGACCAUCUUCAUCAACUUCUUCAUUGCGAAGCCGAUUGUAGUGGUUCUGCCAAAUAGUUCUGGUCUCAACAGUACCAGAGUGAGCACCGCCAAUUACACUGGCUUCCAGCUGCACACCUUGGAGGGCAACCUACUGCGCGACUUGAAAAACCCCAGCUAUUCCAUCCCAAGAGGAACACUUGCAGCUGUUCUCACAACUUUCCUUACGUACAAUCUGCUAAGUCUGCUGGCUGCAUGGUCCUGUGACCGUCACCUCCUCCAAAAAGACUACAGUUUCCUGGGAGACAUCAACGUUUGGCCGCCACUGGUGACCAUUGGGAUUUACUCCUCCGCCAUGUCUGCUGCCAUGAGCAACCUGAUAGGAGCCUCCAGGAUCCUGUAUGCGCUGGCCAAAGACGGCCUGUUUGGCGGUGUGCUGGCUCUGGCCAAGAAAACGUCUUUGAGUGGGAACCCCUGGGCCUCGGUGCUGGCCUCGUGGCUGCUAGUACAGGUGGUGCUGUUUGCUGGUAAAUUGAACACCAUUGCCAGUAUUGUCACCAUCUUCUUCCUGCUGGUCUACGCUGCUGUGAACCUCGCCUGCUUGGCUCUCGAAUGGGCUUCUGCACCAAACUUCAGACCGUCAUUCCGAUGCUUUACGUGGCAUACGUGCGCUCUGGGCAUUCUUUGUUGCCUGGUCAUGAUGUUCCUGAUAAAUGCCAUUUAUGCAUUUGCCAGCAUAGCCUUCAUGCUGCUGCUGUUGAUGCUCAUCCACUACCUGGGGCCCAUCAGCAACUGGGGGUACAUCAGUCAGGCUCUCAUCUUCCACCAGGUGCGCAAGUACCUGUUGAUGUUGGAUGCGCGUAAGGACCAUGUGAAGUUCUGGAGGCCCCAGCUGCUGCUGAUGGUGGCAAACCCUCGCAGCUGUACAAAUCUCAUGACUUUCAUCAAUGACCUGAAGAAGAGUGGCCUUUUAGUACUGGGACAUGUGAAGCUGGGUUUGCUGGAUGGGUUGCCUUCCGAUCCCCUGCCCAGCUGUUACGACUCGUGGCUUUCUCUCGUGGACCAUCUGAACAUCAAGGCCUUUGUCAACCUUACCCUGUCGGAUUCUGUCAGGCACGGCGUGCAGAACCUGCUUUUUAUCACAGGUUUUGGCGGAAUGAGGCCAAACACCCUCGUCUUGGGAUUCUAUGAUGACUGCACCCCUCAAGACGAGCUGCAGGGUAAAAUCCUGCUGUCUACAGGACACGACUUGGAUGCCGCUUCUCCAACCGCAGACCCCCGAGAGCAAUGGUCUCCCUUCUUCCCUUACGUGCGUUGUGCUGAGGAACUCAAAGACCUUCCGGAUCAUGAAUAUGUGUCACUGAUUGCUGACGCUGUAAAAAUGGGAAAAAAUGUGACAUUGGCUCGCUACUUCAACCAGUUCAACCGCGUGGAGGUGCUGGAGUCGGGGAUGAAGGUUGGGGGCUACAGAGGCAUGACUGGACCGUUUGUUGACGUGUGGCCUCUGAAUCUGCUUCAACCAGACAGCCGCGGGUACGUCGAUACCUGCUCGCUGUUCCUGCUGCAGUUGGCCUGCGUGCUGAAGGAAUCCCGCGCCUGGAGCCAGGCAAGACUCCGCCUCUUCCUGUGUGUAGAGUCCGCCCGCAGUCUGAAGGAAAAGGAGGAGGAGGCGAAGAAGCUUCGGGUGAUGCUGAAGAAGCUAAGAAUUUCCGCUCAGGUGCAGAUGGUGGAAUGGGACCAGGUGGUGGCGUUGCAUUGGCAGAGACGAGAGGGUUUGAAUCUGGUCGAGUCGGCGCAGAAUGUGGAGAGGAGGGAGAGGCCAGACGAAGAAUGCCAGGAGGACGGGUUCCAGGCGUUCCCCAAUAACGAUGCUCUGCUGACCGACGAGUAUAUCUGCGCCGUCAACGACCUGAUUCGCGGACAGGCCGGCCCUCAGCCUGCUGUGCGCUUCCUGUAUCUGCCGCGGCCGCCAGCAGACACCAGCCGGUAUCGGGCCUACUUGCACCAGGUGGAAGUGUUGAGUCGAGACCUGGGCCCAACUUUGCUCAUUCACGGGGUCACUCCUGUGGUCACUACCGUCCUCUAAAAUGUUCUUAAUCGUCCACAACUCUGGUGUUUGUGCCACUUGCAAUAAUGUUUCUGACCCGUCAUUUAAGGGGUCACCCACAACAUGACAUGGGGCCAAACCAGUUUUACACUUGUCGUAGCCGCACUCUGCAUUUAAACCGUUAGUCGGCCUUAUGUUACAAAGACCGGGGGUCGUGGAGUUCUGUUAAAUUGUGAAAAUCACAAGUUGUUUUAAGCUGUUUAGUCAUCACCUGGAGACGGUGCCACAGGUGAUUUACACGUGUUAAAAUCACAUUAUGCACGUGACUGCAUUUGGCCACACGGGGAAUGCUCUUGAACACUUUUGCAAAUGUAAAUUGAAACAUUAAUUAAAUUGUCUAACAUUA